GCCGACGCAUCAGUAACCAGAGAAAUUAAGAAAUGAAAAAAAUUACUGGUGGGAAAACGAAAAGAAAAAAAAGCUGAUGAAGGCGAUGAAGAUUACAACACCAACAACAACAACAACACCAAUACCAACACCAACACCAACACCAACACCAACAAUUUCUCUUCGUACAAAUGGAAUCAUCGGUUUUCUUAACCUUAACCACUCACCCCAAUACAAUCAUCUUUUUCCACGAACCAUUGUCCCUCCCAAUACCAUUAAUUAUUAUUGCUACUAUUAUGCUUCACUUUCUCCUUCUCCUCUCUUAGCAAAUAUUCUCUCUCCUUUUCUCUCUCUCUUUCUCUCUCUCUAUCUCUCACCCUCUAAUUCUCACCACUCAGAUCCGCCUUUGCCUCCAUUUAAAGUUUUUUAGGAAUAUGUUUGGAGGAGAUAGUAGCAAUCCUGUGUUUUCCACGUUCAUUGAGGAAGGUCGGUUUCAAUAUGAUACCAGUGGAUUGCCUCAGCUGCAAUUAUUUGGAGAUUGUAACUUUGCAACAUGUACAGUCCCAGUUGGAUGCAAUGUUGGUCCUUUAAACUACAUUGGAAAUGACCAAACAACUCCUAUGGAGCAGCCAAUCAAAAGAGCCAGGGAAGCAGAAUCUAUUUCCAGACAGCAGCAAAAACGUCUUUUAUCUCUAAAUAAUAACUUCUCUCAAGAUAAAGCUGGUCAUUCUGGAAGCAUUCUGAAUCCUAAUCCUGUAUCAACUGGGUUGAAACUUUCAUAUGAGGAGGAUGAACACAAUUCUUCUGUUACUUCUGCAAGUGAAAGUAUGACAGGUGUCCUUCCCGCUAUUUUAUCCCUCGGCGAUAAUCUGAAGAUAGAGAUUGAUCGGCAGAAAGAAGAAUUUGAUCGUUAUAUUAGACUUCAGGAAGAAAACAUACUCAAGGGUGUGAGGGAACUGAGGCAAAGACAAACAGUUUCUUUCCUGAGUGCCAUAGAAAAGGGAGUUGAUAGGAAGUUACGUGAAAAAGAGCUUGAAAUAGAGAAUAUGAACCGCAAGAACAAGGAACUAAUGGAGAGAAUAAAGCAGGUCGCCAUGGAAGUUCAGUCUUGGCACUAUAGAGCAAAGUACAAUGAGUCUGUAGUCAAUGCCUUGAAAAGCAAUUUGCAGCAAGUCAUGUCUCAGGGUGCUAUGCAUGGGAAGGAAGGAUGUGGGGAUAGCGAGGUAGAUGAUGCAGUCUCUGGGACUAACGUGGAUCACCUACGCAUUGUAGGUGGGUCUGGAAAUUUGGUCUUUACGGAGAAACAGUUGAAUUGCAGGGCUUGUAAAGUUAAGGAAGUCUGUGUCUUGUUGUUACCUUGUAGGCAUCUGUGUCUCUGUAAGGAUUGUGAAGGGUUUAUUGAUGUAUGUCCUGUGUGCCGGGUAAUGAAGACUGCAAGUGUUCAAGUAUAUAUGUCUUAAAAAAGUGUAAUGGUAUCAAGGCAUAUUUCUAGGCACUUGUAUUCCUCGUUACCCCUUUACUGCAAUCAAUUUAAUUUAUUAAUGUUAUCAUGGUCACUGGAUUUAUGGGUUGUUAAA